CCGAAUCAAGAUCAAGAUGGUUGCCUCUAAGAAGUCGAAGAAGUCCGCGGACAACAUCAACUCGCGCCUGCAGCUGGUGAUGCGCUCCGGCAAGGUCGCUCUGGGCUACAAGCAGACGCUCAAGAACCUGCGCAGCGGCAAGGCCAAGCUCGUGAUCCUGGCCAACAACACGCCCCCUCUCCGCAAGUCGGAGGUCGAGUACUACUCGAUGCUGGCCAAGACGGGCGUGCACCACUUCACGGGCAACAACAACGACCUCGGCACGGCUUGCGGCAAGUACUUCCGCGUGUCGUGCAUGUGCAUCCUGGACGCCGGUGACUCGGACAUCCUGCGUGCUCAGGAGUAAGCGACUCUUUACAGCUCUUAGUUGAAUGACAUUCCUUUGAGGCUCCACCAA